AUGGCCGCAAAUACAAGAUAUGAACGAGCGCCUCAGCGUGACUCUCUUGAGGAAAACUACACACAACCGCCACCAUCAUACCAGAACGCCAGCUCCAGCGAUGGCCUCCUCGGUGCUCCACGAGGCGAAGACGACAAUGUCCCCGAUGACUUCAAGUUCGGUGGCUCAGUCUCAGAAGCCACUCUCGAUAUUCGCAUGGCUUUCGUUCGAAAGGUCUAUGCCAUCCUCACUGUUCAGCUCUUCCUGACCGCUGCCCUCUCCUGCGUGUCUUUCUUCUCCAAGUCCUAUCGGCACUGGAUUCAAACCAACAGCUGGAUGAUGUGGACCUCCCUCUUCGGAGCUAUCGCUUUCAUGCUCCUGACCUUCUGGAAGAGGAAGAGCUACCCCACAAACCUACUCUUCCUGACCGGCUUCACUGUGCUCGAAGCCUACUCCAUCAGCGUCAUCACGUCCUUCUACGAAUCCCGGAUCGUGAUCGAAGCCCUCAUCCUCACGCUUGGUAUCUUCGUCGCCUUGACCUUGUUUGCCUGCCAAACUAAAUACGAUUUCACGAGCUGGAUGCCCUAUCUCUUCGGCUCGCUCUGGGUGCUCAUCAUCUUCGGGUUCAUGGCGGCUUUCUUCCCUCACGGCAGCACGGUCGAGCUGAUCUACGGUGUUGUGGCGGCACUCAUCUUCAGUGGGUACAUCUUGGUGGAUACUCAGCUCGUCAUGAGGCACUAUCAUGUUGAGGAGGAGAUCGCAGCGGCCAUCAGCCUAUACCUUGAUGUCAUCAACUUGUUCCUUGCGAUCUUGAGGAUUCUGAACAGUCAGCAAAACAACUGA